AAGAGAUUUGUGAUGUGGCCCCACGUACCUCCUCACCGCCUGAACAAGGUACCUCAACUUCGUACCCUACGCGACUCGGCCCCUUUCGAGAGCCGAGCGACAAUGUAGCGGACCCGGGACACCGCUACGAUGGUGGACGGGGUUCUGCAGGUCAAGGGUCUCAAAAUAUGCCCACAUAUCCGGAAAUACCUCUUGAUACUGCCUUUCAAGCUGACCAUGCACUACCAUCCCAGGCAAUGGUUCCAGGCCUCCAGAUGUCUCCGGGUGUUGACCGCAAACAGUAUUCCAAUAGCAGAGAUCCUACCAUUGGUACAUAUGCAUUUCUCCCGGGGCUGAAUCCUAUUCCCUCUGCCUCAGCCGCGCAUCCAGAUAAUGACCAUUGCGGUUGUGGCAAAUGUACCCGUCGGAAUCCUCCAUAUUCUCCGAUCAACGACUAUCCUCGAAAUCGGUACACACCUUCAACAAUGCAUCCAUAUAAUGGACAGCCUCAUUUUCCCACAACCUUCGCUAGCGCCGAGUCCUUCCCAGCUCCGCAGACAGACACCGCUGAGAUACCCGCUGACCAGCGCGGGAGAUUUGGCUAUGUCCCUUCAUUGAGCCAUGUCGUCGGCUUUCCACCAGGAUACUUGCCUCUCGACUCCAUAUCCUCGGGAGAGCAAACUUUCCAUUCCGCUCCCUCGAAGGAGUUGAUGGCCAUAAGGUAUCACGGUCUGUCGAUACCCCAGAAUAGCAACGAUCCCUCCAUUCCCUUACGAGUAUUAAAAAUCCCUCUCAACGCCAGUAUCUCGCAUAGUCCGCCAGAACCCGCACAUGCAGGCGGUAUCAUUUUUUCUCUCCAUUCCUCAGAGAAAAAACCCCACAAAAACUCUGUGGACAAGGGAGCUGCGGAACUGUUGCAGAGGUUUGCUGAUGUGAGAGAAGACAAAUGGGGGAAAUGGAAAGAUGGUUUGUUUCAAGAGCCCAAAGGGCAACGCAAGGGCUCUACAGUGCGGAAUUCUGCUGAAACCCUCCAUAAGGAUCUAAUCUGUGCAAGAAUAGAUUCUAGUAUAACGGCAGCUAUCCCCUCCGAGGCGACGAUAAGUGCGCUUGAUGAAGUCCUCUUGAAGGUUCGAGAAGGAGCCGAAUGCAAGAAAGGAGUGGAGCUUCUGAGAUCCCUAGUAGUAUUUUACGCAGGAAAUACCGGGGAUAGUUUGUCAACGGUGAUCCUAGGAAUAUUAGCUAAGUUUAAGGAGGGGUGGAGUUUCCUUGUUGUUGAUGACGGUACCAACUCAAACCUCCCAAGUGGUCCCGAGCAAAUAUCCUAUUCGAUUGCUUCAGCAUCAAAACCCAAAGAUGGAUCAACUCACGAUUCGGGCACCACACUAGAUCCGCAGCAAAUUUGGCGGAAAUCCUUACUCAUCCAAAAAGAUUCGCCUCCGGACCAAGAUGGAUCACACAAACAAGGAACUAAACGCAAGAAUUUUCAGCUUGGUGUCGUGAACAAUGAGGGUGGAGGCUCCAUAAGCGCAGAGAAUAGCUGGGAUACCAGUCAGAACGUACUGGCCAAGCUGGCGAGAUAUUUCCUCGAUG